AUGCCCAUGGAUCGCCCCAUCCCAGCUUUUUAUUGCUGCUACCUCUUGAGAUCUACUGUUCGACACGGUAGUGUAUAUGUAGGCUCGACUCCAAAUCCAGUACGGCGGCUGAAGCAGCACAAUGGGCUGGCCAAAGGGGGCGCUGUACGAACCUCGAAGAAGACUUUGCGGCCGUGGGAAAUGACAUGUAUAGUUACUGGCUUUCCAAGCCAUAUUGCCGCUCUGCAGUUCGAAUGGGCCUGGCAGAACCCCCAUAUAACUCUCCAUAUCGCCCCAGAAGAGCGGCUCCAACGCGCAACACAAAAGAAACGAUCAGGCCAGCCAAAGCGACCUCGUCACUCCGUUCCAUCCCUCCUCUCAAAUCUCCACGUACUCCUUCGAUCGCCAUCAUUUUCACGAUGGCCUUUAGAGCUGCGCUUCUUUUCCGCGGAUGUUCAUAAAGCAUGGACCAAAUGGACCAAAGUGACAGCUGAGUCAAUACGAGAUUCUUUACCCGUCAUCCAAGAUUUCUCGCCUGUGGAUCAAGUAUCAUCCGGGGAUGAAAGUGGCAGCAGCCCAAAGAACAAGAAGAGAAAGACGACCCAUGGCAUAGCUGCAUUACCCAUUGACUACACCAACCAAAAAACGCACGUUGUAAUAGGAAAAGAAAUUGUCGAGUUCGAGCGGGAAGGCUCAUGUAAAAUCUGCAAACGCAAUCUCGAGCACGAUGCAGGCAUCUACACCAUAUGUCCAAGUCCAGGCUGCGAGUCCGUCACGCAUUUGACUUGCUUAAGCAAGCAUUUCCUCCGUGGCGACGAAGAGACAUUAGUGCCGAUAAAAGGCCACUGUCCCAGCUGCAACACAGAGUUAAGAUGGGUUGACGUUGUGAAGGAAUUAAGCUUACGGAUGAGAGGCCAAAAAGAAGUCGAGAAGCUUUUAAAGGUGAAGAGGGCCAGGAAAACAAAAGGUUCAGCAUCACAAGUCGCUGUCGAAUCUUCAGAUGGGGAGGAUGAUGAAGAUGAGAUCAUGGAAGAAUUCGUUCCUGGGACGCAAGGAAUGGUUGCCGAUUAUUGGCGCGCUAUUGACGAUACAGAUGGCUCGGAUGCCGAGUCUAUUACAAGUAAUAUUUCCCUCGCAAAGACGACAUCGCUACACGCUAGCAAGCCUGGUGCUCUUGGGACGGUCAUUGAGGAUAGUGAUUGGGAUGAUAUGGACGUCUUGGACUAA